AGUGACAUUCAAGCCAGAACGAUAACUUGGCUACCUCAUGUCUAUUGUCACCGCAGAAGAUGUCCGAUGAUGAAGCCGACCCGGAACUCCUGGCUCUGAUCCGGCAGUCCCUUGGUCUGGGACCAACUUCUCCUACGGCUCCCCCCAACACAGGAGUUUUGAAAUCCGCCGAGUACAUCUGCGACAAUGCCAUUGAUGUGUCAAUAUCCAUGUCGGGCACAAAAGCCGCCGCCCAUACAGUAUGGCAAUUGAUGCAGAAGAAGGGUUAUUCUACCCAGACCUGGUCCGAACAUGAACUCCAUCCCCAGACCAAGGACGAAGCCACCGUCAACUUUAUUUUCACCAUGAACUUACUCAAUUUCUCCUUCUGGUCGGAGCUGCCUGCUGACCAACGAUUUGCGGUGCAUUACAAGGAUCGCACCUGGACUGGCUACUGGUCUUUGGUUGCUGCUCUCCAGAGAGCGUUAGACGAAGGCAUCUCCAUUACCACUCCAUCAUUCUGGCAAGAUAUCGACGCUUGCCCGGAUACACUGCUGGCACAUGUGUUCCGGUCUGCAACGGCUGAGCCAAUCCCCCUUUUGGAGGAACGGAUCUCUAUCUUGCGUGAAGCAGGGACAAUCUUGUGCCGAGACUUCGAGUCUUCGCCCGCAACACUAAUCAAGCAAGCCGAUCACUCUGCUUCCCUGCUGGUCAACCUUCUUGUACAACAUUUCCCCAAUUUUCAGGACGAAACAACCUUCAAGGCGCGACGGGUGCACCUUUACAAACGGGCGCAGAUUAUGGUGGCGGACCUGUGGGCGUGCUUCAACGGAAUCUCAUACGGCGAGUUCUGGGACAUUGGGUCGUUGACCAUGUUUGCCGACUACCGCAUCCCACAGAUGCUACAGUCGCUCAACUGUCUGUGGUACUCGCCACGGUUAGAGAGUCGCAUUGCCCGGCUCGAAAUGCUCGAACCAGGCGAGCCAGCUGAGGUCGAGAUCCGCGGUUGCAGCAUCUGGUGCGUUGAGCUGUUGCGCCGACAGAUCGAGUCCAUGUACCCCGAGUCCAAGGCCCGCCUGAAUGCAGUCUUGAUCGACUUCUUCCUCUACGACACUUGCAAGGAGAUGGAAGCAAGAGGCGAGAUCGACGACGAAAAGAUCCUCCCUCACCACCGGACCAGGUCCAUCUACUACUGAGGAUCCUGGCAUCUUCAUCCAUCAUUUUUCUUUUUCUCUUUUUCUCCUUUCUUUUGCAGGAAAAGCCCACCUCGAUAAAACUCAGCAAUGCACGGCGUGUUUUUGGACAAGGCUACAUAGAACUUGACUUUUGCUCUGUGGCUCGGAUAGACUUUUUGGCUGGAGCAAUCCUGCCUCCGGGCUAGCGAUGUAAAGAUACUUUAAAAAUAGAAGAUUCUGGGAUUUUCAAUAAAACUAGACCCGUUGAUUCG